AUGACAAUCCCCAACUAUGAGUCCCUGCACUGGCGCGAAACCAGCCCCGGCCGAUGGGAGCGCGGCAUCGACGAGGCCGAGCAGUUCUACACCACCAUGGCCCGCGUCUACGAGGGAAGCGGACGCGUCUUCUUCGGAAUGACAGGCCACCUGUCGCUGUCUGUUCCCGUCGAGAACGGCUCGUCAAGGCCUGAAACGAAAGAUCGGGUUUAUAACACCCUGCGACGGGCUUGGCUCCAGCUGCGAUAUGACCAUCCGACUAUUGCGUCUUGGACGGAGCUCGAUGCGCUGACGAGGAAGUCGAAGAAAGUGUAUCAGAUGUUUGGCGAGGGGAGUGCGCAAGAUGUCUGGCUUGAUGAGACGCUGCGGGUCGUUGAGACUGGCGUCACGGGCAAGGAGUGGUGUAAUGGGGAUCCGCCGGUGCCGAAGAUGCCGACGGUGUUUAUGGUCGUUCCGGCGGAGGCGGGGCAGGAGGAGGGAGUGUUUCGGUGCGAUCUGGUCCUGCGGUGUCAUCAUGAUAUUAUCGAUGGGAUUGGCACGCUGCAUUUGUUGGAUAAUUUGAUCAAGAAUGCGGCGGGUGCGUGGGGACAGCUUUCGACGCUGGGUCCUCUGGUGUUUGGGGACGAGGCGAAGAAUCUGAGUCCCCCGCUGCGUGUCGCGGCUUCGAUUCCGACGUCUCUGUCGCCGGAGCAGCAGGCGCAAUGUGAUGAGCUCGAGGAGUAUAAUGCGUCGCUUCAAUCGGGCGUUGAGAUCGCUUCGCUGCCGUAUGCGAAGGGGGCUGAGCGUCCGGGAAUACACCAGCGCGUGGACUUGACGCUGCCGGAGGACGAAACGCAGAGGGUGCUCGCAGCAUGCAAGAAGAUGGGAAUUAGUGUGACGCAUGCGUAUCACGCGGGGAUUGCGAUUAUUGUGCGCGACUUGCAGCCCAGAGCAAAGGACGAGAGAAUGGUCAGGUAUAUCAAUUACUGUCUCAUUAACGAACGCAGCCACUGCAACCCGCCCUACAACACGCCCACGCACGCGGCAUCCGUCUAUCACUCCGUGUCGGGUCGCAGCUUGAUCGUGGACAUGGCGGUCCCUGCGGCGGGCACAAGCGACGCAGAGUUGCAAUCGCAAGAGACGACGGAGUUCAAGCACGUCGCGUCGGAAAUCAAAAAGCAUUACCUCGAAAUCCGCGACGACGCAGGCCAUCUUCCCAAGGCUCCUUUGUACUGGGCGAAGGGCACUCCGCCGUAUCCGGACCCGAAGGACGGUGCGGUCCCUCCGGUUCCAAAGCCGGAUGCAUCGCCUUCGGUUUCGAUCUCCAGUAUGGGGGUCAUUGAUCGCAUCAUUACCCCGACUCAGGGGGUGUUCGAGCUGAGUGAUCCGUGGGUCACGGGAGAAGAGCUGGGGACUGGCCUGGGGGUGUUCCUGGGCACGUUCAGAGGGCAAUUGGCGUUGAGUGCGGCGUAUAAUGACGCAUGGCAUGAGAGGAACGAGGCGGUGGAUUUCUUGACUCGAUGUAAUGAGGUUGUCUGGAGGGGACUGGGACUGUGA